AUGAUCAAGGAAGCUCCUAAGGAUGAGGCUGAGUCUCUGGAGGAAGUUCCAGCUGACAUCCCUGAUGACAUGGAUCCAGGGGAAGGCGGAGCACAGAAGGAGAAUCCUGUCAGCCCUCCCAAAGAUUUCAUCUUCAGACUUGCCAAUGCGAAGGAGUACAUCUUCAAGUUUAGUGGCCUCCUUUGCAGCCUAUCAGCCUUGGUGUUUGAGAUUGUCAUAGCAAGCAGCCAAUUCUGGCGCCUCUGGGAAUUCAAUGACAAGCUUGUGCAAUUCAUGUCUUUUGGACUUUGGGAAGCUUACUACCCUCAAGAAUUUAAUGUUUCAGGCACUGUAACCAAGAUUCUGGUGCACACCCCUAUCAAUUCCACUUGGACCAUUUCACCUGAAUUUCAGUAUGCACAGACCCUGAUAAUGUGGGCUGUUUUGAUGAAGCUUGUAGUUCUGAUUUUCAGUGCAAUUGCCAUUAAUAUUGGCUGCAUGAAAGACCCAUUUAUUGAGAUGCAGUUAUAUUGCUACAAGGUUGCUGCCUUAGUUUUGUGUGUUAGCAGCAUCUUCACAUUUGUUUCUGUGAGCUGGAACCACUUUGUAGAUCAUUAUGACCAAACCACUCUUGACUUUCCACCUGACUAUCCGGUUAAAAAAGAAGCCUUAAUAAGCAAACACUAUACUGUUGUGUUCCCAAUAGGGGUACUAAUUGCCACCAUGUCACUCUUUGGUGCUAUCUUUUUUCUCUUAGAGAUAAACUCUUUGAAACUAAAGAAUCAGGUGAAGGCCAAGUGUGCUUCCGUAGUGGCCGAGGAAAAGAUAUGAAGUGAGAACUACAUUUGCAACAUCUGUCAGAAGAAUCCUAGAAGAAAGUUCCUACUCAUUUAAAAACUCUUGUAGUUCUCAACUUGUU